AGACGAUCAGCACCGUUUGGUAUACAGUAACAAACCAUCCAUUCAUCCAAAAUGAAAUGGUUGAUAUUGAUACUGGCGCUUCCUGUCGCUACCGUAUCAAUCACACCCCGUAAAACAAGUACGUUGCUACGAUCAUCAUCAUCAGAACCAAGAAGACUGACAAAACUUAUACCAGAUCGACCUUCCACCUAUAGUCACAUGGGACUUCUUGGACAAAUCAUCAGAUCAUCCGAUGUAUCAGUACAAAGAACGAGUUAUCGAUCAAUCAAGUCAGAGGUAAUACCGUUGUAUCGUCAAAAUAAACCAUGUGGCCCAUUCGACUGUGACAGGCCGUAUCCAAUACCAGGGCCUACGACAUACCCAAUACGUGAAUCUUCGAGCUCGUACCGUACGUCGCCUUCGACGUCGACCACGAAAUCGCCUACCACAACAACAAUAACGCCUUCUACGACAACAACAACGCCUACUACGACAACGCCUACUACGAUAACGACAACACCUACUACGACCACGACAACGCCUACUACGACAACAACAACCCCUACCACGACAACAACAACGCCUACUACGACAACGCCUACUACGAUAACGACAACACCUACUUCGACAACGACAACGCCUUCUACGACAACAACAACCCCUACUACGACAACAACAACGCCUACUACGACAACAACAACGCCUACCACGACAACAACAACCCCUACCACGACAACAACAACCCCUACCACGACAACAACAACCCCUACUACGACAACAACAACGCCUUCUACGACAACAACAACCCCUACCACGACAACAACAACAACGCCUUCUACGACAACAACAACCCCUACCACGACAACAACAACGCCUACCACGACAACAACAACGCCUACCACGACAACAACAACCCCUACCACGACAACAACAACCCCUACCACGACAACAACAACGCCUUCUACGACAACAACAACCCCUACCACGACAACAACAACGCCUACCACGACAACAACAACGCCUACCACGACAACAACAACCCCUACCACGACAACAACAACCCCUACCACGACAACAACAACGCCUUCUACGACAACAACAACCCCUACCACGACAACAACAACAUACGAAUCAAAAGUUGAGCAGGGCGACAUGAAUCAGGAUAUCGUGGACAGUCUAUGUAGUGAUCAGUUGGAGAAUAGGGAAACCGAACGAUAA